AUUUAAAAUGGAGCAACAGAAAUUUGAAGAUCGAGACCAGAGUAACAUAUCUGCAAAACCCUUUAUCACAGAUCAAGUGGAGGAUUCGAUCCGUGGCAAGUCAGGGCAGCGAAACCAUUGCAGACAUUUCGAGAAUCAAGGCACUACUGAUAUUGAUAAAUUAAUUAAAGAAAAAUAAAGAGCCGAAGCAAGAGAAUGAUUUAGCAUUCUCUGUAGCUUUUAAACGAUAUACAUUUUAUGAUGGCAAUAGUAAAUUUUGAUGCAAAGGAAAAUUUCUUACCGGGCCAAAACCAUUAGCUAUUCUUAUGACCUCGGUGAUCACUAAUAUACCAAUGGUGGUGUUUUAUUCCGUGAUUAUACCUAAAAUAGAGAAUGAUACUGAGAAAAUUAUUAUUGCAGUGAUUACAGCGUUAUUUAACCUUCUUUCAUUAUUUUUCAUGAUGUUAGCUGCAACAAGAAAUCCUGGAAUAAUUCCUAAAAUGGGACUAGACCCAACCUAUCUAUUUAAAAUAAGCCAAAUAAGAUCAAAAUCUAAAAAGAAUUUAAUGAAUUUUAAAGGAAAAUUGAUUUAUCAGGCAUAUUGUUGAACCUGCUGAAUAAUCAGACCUCCUAGGUCUCAUCAUUGAUACUAUUGAGGCAAUUGUGUUGAGACAUUUGAUCAUCAUUGUCCAUGGAUCAGUACUUGAAUUGGGAAGAGGAACUACCAUUUCUUCAUUACAUUUAUCACAUGUCUCUCAGCAACUUUGAUCAUUUCUACUGUGAUCAGUAUCAAAACCUUUACAGAGAGUACAGGGAGCUCAAUAUUUGUGCAGAACAUUCCGAAUAUGUUGCUGAUCAUCUACAAUUUAUUCAUUGGGUUCUUCCCAGUGGGCCUGACAUGCUACCAUUAUGCAUUGAUUCUCAGGGGUGAGACUACGUAUGAGAACCUCAAAAGGAUUUACAAGCGUGGUAAUAACCCCUUUAAGAAAGGAUUUUGAGACAACCUAAUUAUGCAGCUUUGUAGAAAAACUCGUAUGAAUCGGAUGGUAGAGCCCUAUGACAUGUAUGCUCAGAAAAAGUUUGUUGAAACCAAGGAAAUGAUCGAUCUUGACCAUGUUAGAGAGGAAAGAUCCUUUACAUUCAAAAAGAAAAAUCAGUCACAAUGCAGAUAUGCCAACAAAUCUUCAAGAAGUUCAGAAAGAGAUUUCUCGUACCAAAAAGAUAACAACAAUGGGAGCCGUCAAGCAACUCUCGAUGGCUUGCUCCAUCUCCACGAUGAUACUACGAAGCAUGAGUUAACCAAAUAUCAUGAAGGAGAUGACACAAAUAUGGAUGCUCCUUCUGACACCAGAGUUAGUAGAGUUCUGAGGGAGGCUCAUCACGACAGCAGAUUAUGCUUCAAAAGGCAAAAGAGAAGAGGGCAUAAAUAAGAUAAAUUCCUUAACAUUCCCUAAGAUGAUGCAGGGCAACAAAUUUGAUAAAGAGGAGAAACUUGACUUAAUGGAAAUUCCUGUUCAUCAAUACCAUUCGAAGCAAAAUAGCGAUAAUAUGAGCUAUGCUCUUGACCAAAAGAAGUUUUCCAAGACUUCAAUAGUUGAACAGCUGGAGACUCAUAGUCAGAAUGCCAAUAAGAAGGGCUCUACUCUGAAGCUGGGGAAGUACUCCACCUCAAAUAUUGAAGAGGAGAAAGAUGAAGGUGGAGAUUACAUGACCUUGUCCAAGAAGAAACAAGACGGUGAGAAGAAGGAGGAUCCUUCUUCAGAGAUGAAACCUAAGAAAUUGUUUGAGAAUAAUUUUAUUUAACUUGAUCGUAGCUAUCAGAUAUGAUCAAAUCGAGAGAAAGGCCAGGUAAAAAUUAUUUUCCAAUAUGAUGAGACUUUAGAAAUUAUCCUGAUAGUGAAGUACUC